AUGACAGAAACAAACACUCAAGAUUCUUCACAAAUGGCUGACAAAGCAUCACUAUCAGACUCCCAGGUGGUCAUAUGGAAAAAGAUCAAGAACAACAUGCUCACAUUUGACAACACAUUGCAAACGGUAAAAGACAAGCUUGCAGCAAGAAAGGAUGUCCUCAAGAUCCUACAAAAACGCCAUUCUGGAGCAUCAUCAAGGCUUACAUGGAAGGUUGUUAAUCCUAGAGCUCUUCAUCACAAAUCUCUUUUGCAACUCUGGGGCGACAAUGGCUUGGACCUUUUUGACUAUGAUCGACACAUUAGAAGCUAUGAACAGCUACAACUGGGCACAAGGAGUCUUAGAUUACAUGCAUUAUGGACUGGACCAAGCCAUAAAAAUAAAAAGGACAAGACAAAUCAACCAAGCGUCAGUGGUUGCCUUGUGCUAAUCCUGAUAAAAGCUGCUGACAAUGAAAAAGAAGAAGCAACAAAGACUGAUCAUGCAGACCAUGAAGAACAAGAAGAAAAUGAAGAGGAUGAUGACUUUGUUAUCACACUUAAAGAUUGGUUAAAGAGUCAAACACAAAAAGGAAAAAGCCAGACUGUUAUUACCCAGAAACAGAACUUCAGCUUCCAUGAAAAUGUGGACCAAAGUGCAACCCAGACAAAAACUCCACAACAGAAGCAAAAUGAAGACAAUGCACAAUCAUUGGGAUGCAAAGCAGAUGAUGAAAUUGAAGAACCACCAGCACAAUCAUUGGAAUGCGAAGCAGAUGAUGAAAUUGAAGAACAAGCAGUUGACCUUAGUGCAGACUCAGUGACGGAGGAGGACACUGUUAAUGUCCAGCAACAGAACCCAGAACUUGACAGCCAAGAAGAAGACUUCGACUCCAUUUUUGUGGACAUAGUGGGGUCAAUCCCAGAGUACUACAAGCAUGAAAUAGCCCCUACCCAUGAGAAAAUCCAACAGCUGAAAGAAGCAGUCGACUAUUGGAUUGAAAAGGCAGAUACUCGAAGGGAUAUGAUGCAGACUGCUAUAGAAUCCUGCAUAAAGAAAAAUUCAUUCAUUCAACAAAUAUGGACUGAAAAAGAAGAGUUGGAGCAACAAAUUGAAAUACUGAAAAAGCAGCUUGAGCAAGAGAAAAAGAAGGUGCAAAAUUACAAGGGGAACUUCAUGCACUCAAAUCAAAUAGGAGACAGCUACAGGAACAACAUGAACUACUUGAAGGGGAAAAGUUGUCCUGCAUUGAGAGCAUGA